AUGGCGUCCACCGCGGCAGGGAAGCAGCGGAUCCCCGAGGUGGCGAAGGUGAAGAACGAAGCUCCUGCCGAGGUGCAGAUCACCGCCGAGCAGCUGCUGAGAGAAGCCAAGGAGAGGGAGCUGGAACUUCUGCCGCCCAAGCAGGAGAUUACCGUCAAGGAGGAGCUCAACGACUCCAAGCUGAGGAAGAGGAAGAAUCAUAAAGGAAGACCCAAAAGAUACUGCUGUGAUGAUUGCGAGCAAGUCUUCACUACUUCAUCAAACUUGAAGAUCCAUAAGAAAACUCACAAUGCUGAUAGACCACAUAGCUGUGAUCAGUAUAGUGCGGCUUUUGCCCAGCGAGGUCAUUUGACGCGUCACCAACGUAUUCACACUGGGGAAAAGCCUUACAGAUGCGAUCAGUGUGGAGCGGCUUUUGCCCGGCAAGGUGAUGUGACGAGUCACCGACGUAUUCACACUGGAGACAAGCCCUACAGGUGCGAUCAGUGUGGAGCGGCUUUUUCCCGGCAAGGUCAUUUGACGAGUCACCAACGUAUUCACACUGGAGACAAGCCUUACAGAUGCGAUCAGUGUGAGGCGGCAUUUGCCCGGCAAGAUCAAUUGACGAGACAUCAACGUAUUCACACUGGAUUCAAGCCUUACAGGUGUGAUCAGUGUGGAGCGGCUUUUGCCCAGAAAACUGCCCUAACGAGUCACCAACGUAUUCACACGGGAGACAAGCCUUACAGAUGCGAUCAGUGUGGAGCGGCUUUUGCCCAGAAAACUGCUCUAACUAGUCACCAACGUAUUCACACGGGAGACAAGCCUUACAGAUGCGAUCAGUGUGAGGCGGCUUUUGCCCAGCAAGGUAGUCUAACGAGUCACAAACGUAUUCACACUGGAGACAAGCCUUACAGAUGCGAUCAGUGUGGAGCGGCUUUUGCCCAGAAAACUGCCCUAACGAGUCACCAACGUAUUCACACGGGAGACAAGCCUUACAGAUGCGAUCAGUGUGAGGCGGCUUUUGCCCAGCAAGGUCAUUUGACGACUCACCAACGUAUUCACACUGGAGACAAGCCUUACAGGUGUGAUCAGUGUGGGGCGGCUUUUGCCCAGCAAUGUGAUGUAAAGCGACACCAACGUAUUCACACUGGAGACAAGCCUUACAGGUGUGAUCAGUGUGGGGCGGCUUUUGCCCAGCAAGGAGAACGUGAUAACCACUACACUACGGACACUGCCAUGCGCUGA